GCGGCCGCGGGAGCGGGGGCGGGUUUAUGGCGGCGGCUCUGUCCGCACUCGCUGCCAGGCUCUCCCAGUCGGCCGCGGCCAGGUCCUACGGCGUGUUCUGCAAGGGGCUCACCAGGACCCUCCUCAUCUUCUUCGACUUGGCCUGGAAGCUCCGCAUCAACUUCCCCUACCUCUACAUCGUCGCCUCCAUGAUGCUCAACGUGCGGCUGCAGGUCCAUAUUGAGAUCCAUUGACUUGUGACUUGGUGUGCUGCUUCUGCUGUAUGCUGCAACUCGACUCAGUCACUCUUCUUCAAAUCCAGCCUGUUGUGAAGCAUCAAAGCUGUGCUCGUGUGCUCUAGGACUAUGAAGAAAGAAGAUUUUACCCAGAAACGAGUAUGUGACAAUGGCCCAGAUCACCACAAGCCAGCAGCUCACCUGACACACGUGCAUUCCAUGUUGGACAGUUCUCAAAAUCAUAGUAGCAGUUUACAAGAAUUACAUAACACCAGGAAUUUUUCUCUCUUUAAUACUAUACCUCCGUCUUCUGUUGGCAAGGAAAUGCCUCUGAGCUUCAGUGAAUCAGCAGGAACAAACUCAAGUGCAGCUGCUCCUUGGAAGGAUUCAUUUCAUCUGCAUUUUUCUUCUGGGAAAGACAAUCUCAAUAGGGUUUCUCACUGCAUUGGUGGCAUUUCAGUAACAGGCUGGCUGGAAGAAGCUUGUAGCAUCUCUGGAGACUUCAGCUCAGGCUGCCCAGGAGACAACUUUGUAUGUUUUGCACAAUUCUGGCUGGGAAAUUUGCAGUAUAAUAAAAACCUGUGGUUUCUGGAAUUAGAAAUGAGCAGUAGCAAAGAGAAUGAAUUGCAGUUUGUAUUUUUUAAAGCAUUGGAGCUUGGUGGACUUCCUGAUUCCUGUUCUAAUCCAGUUGCCUCUCUGAACAACUCUGCUAUGGGACUCUCAAACAACCAGAAACCAUGUUUUUUCCUUUGUUGCUUAAACCUUGUAUCUUCAGAGCAAACACUUGGAUAUGAGCAAAUGCUUAUGAAUAUACAAUAUGUGACUAAUAAUUUUCACAUCAUACAGCUAGUAAUCUCUGUGCUAGCUUUUGCACUAGCAGGUCUCUGGUAUGCAGUAGUGAAGGUAAAAAAGUACUGAGAUUUUAAUAAUGACUAUUUUUAAUAUUACAAGAAAAUAAGAGACAAGGUUACAGUUCAGGUUUUAGUGAGAAUUAGCUGAAGUAAAAACUAUAGUUGUAUAAUUGCUAGUUAAACUGGCUGAUGGAAGACUUUUUUAUGGUAAGGAAUAGCUACAUCUGAGUGUAAAGAACUUCAUAAUUUUCAGACUCUGCGACUUCUGCAGGUCUGCUGAUAACACUAAACUAGAACCCAAUUUGAUUAGCACAGAUCCUUUGUUUUCUAUAGAGUUUGUAUUAGUGGAGUGUUCUGGCUACUACUAUUUAUACUCAUGUCCAAUGAAAUUUGUUUCUUGUAGAAUUGAAUUCCUGCUCUGAAUCCAACAGCAACUGAUGUAUCAGUCCUUAAAACACUUGGAACUGGAAAGCUGUUGGGAGGCUGGUCUUCAAUACAGCAUAAUUGUCAGCAGUGUUCUUUCCAAGGAUGGUACUGCUCUAAUUUAACAAUACCUUGUGAGCUUUAUUGUGCUACAAUAGACACUGUAAACAACUUUCCAAACAAUUCUUUUUCCUUGAAAGAAUGAUUGUUAUUGCUGAAGUACAGUGACAGCUUCUGGGCCUGCUGACUUUGGCUUUGGGACAGGUUUGUGAUAAUGAGGUUUGCCAAAGAACAGGGCAGGAAUACUGGAAUCCAUAGAGCUGCUGGUGAACAGAAUUUUAAGGAAUAGGCUCCUGGUGGCACUUCAGUGGAGAAACUCAUCCUGCAGUAGGUCAAACUUUGAACUUGAUGUCCAAAAUCCUCAGCAGGGGCAUUGCUGUAGGUCAGCUUAAUGUGCUCUAAAGGCUCACAUCAAGAGGGAGGUAUUGGUGUGAGGGUUAGGAUGCAUUUUCAGCUUCCCCUUGGCUCUGACUUAAAAGUGAGGACUUAAUGUGGAGUAAAGUGGUUCACACACUAGGUAUCCUUUUCACUAGCUGGUCUUGCUUCAUCUUGCAAAGAGAAGUGAUGUUGUACUUGGUUUGAACUGAACUUAGCUGGAAAGCUGGUAGUUUCCAGUGUGGUGGUUACUGAACUGUUAGCACACAUGUGUAGAGAAGUCCUUGAUUAUGAAGAUAAGAUGCUGAUUAUCAGUCUUAGGGAGAGAAGUGCUGAAAUUUUUAAAUCUUAUUUGAGUGCUGAAGAUAAGAUAUAUUACUUUUUAUGUUAAGUGAUACAUUGUGUUUUCAUGAUCCCCAUUGGCUGAUUGUUUCUUUUGGAUACUAAAAGAGAUGAAAAGCCACUUAAUUUUAAUUUAGAAAAUAACUUUUCCCUGGUGUGCUUUUAAAUGAUUGCUUAACUUGCAGACUUUUGACCAUGCAAUCACCUGUCACAAAGUAACUGAAAGUCCCAAAAUAAUACUGGAUUAUGUAUCAUGGGUAAUUACUCUGACAGCAGCAGUUCCCUCUCAGUCAAGCCAUCCACUCUCAUCUCCACUGCUGUAAUCAGCCUUGCAGUGAGCAGCAUUAACACAGGUUAACACGUGGUGUUGCAGAGGUUCAAGAUUCCUGAAGUGAUGUGGAUCUGAUUCUGAUCUGACAUCCCAGAACACCAGAAACAUUCAUUCCUCCAAAUGUCUGUGGCUUGGAGUCACGGUGUUAAGCUGCUGUCUGCCUGUAUCUUGACCCAAAAACCACUUGGCAGAGCUGAGGGUAGAGGAAUGAAGGCUGGGAGGGGUUGGAGCUGUUUAAGCUGGCUUGAUUGCUAAAGACAAUGUUGUGCAACUCCACAUUAAUCUCAGUGCAGCUCCACAGGUACAGCCAUACUCUCCUGUAUGGUGAACCUUACGUUCAGAUGUGCACAAACACAGUCCUGCACCCAAAACUCGAGUGCUUGGACUUCCUGUACAAAGGAUCCAUUGGCACAGCUGUACCUGCAGUUGUCACUUGAGACCUUGUUUGUACAGCUGCCUGCUUUGGCCUGGAACAUUCUCUGCUGUGUGUCAUUUGGGAGCUGCUGUGUGUUUCGGGAACCACAGUUCUACACAAGAACUUGGAGGUGAGAUUGUCAGGUUAAUAAGCAAGAGGAGUAGCUAAAGGCAUAAAACCACAGUUUUUAAUGCACCUUUUUCUCAUGGUGAUUUCAAAGGGAAGGAAAUGAAACAUGAGAGACACCACCAAUAAACUAGAAUUUAAAUGUGUGUACAGCAGAGUGCCAAGGGUUUUCUCCUUAUCGAUGACUAGCCUAUGGAGGAGGAGAUCUUGGAAUAUUGAAUUGUGUUACAUAUCACAGUCCAGCUAAUACAGUCCUGUUUUAAGCAAAGUUUUGUUUGAAUGUGUGGCCUUUCAUUACUUAUUACAGGAUCACUUUAAAUACAAUACAGCUAAGUGAAAUGAUGGAUAUUUGUUGUGUAUUAUAUGUAUAUUGAUCAUAAGAUACAAAGAAUACUUAAAUAAGUGGAUUUAAUCCAUUUUAAGAUAGUUUAUGUACCUUGCCUUGAAUUUUAUUGCUUAAAACCUAAAAGGUAAUUUUAACUUGAACAUUCCUUCUGAAAUUCAAAUAAAGCAUAGUUUGGUAUGUUAAAAUCUCAUGUAAUAGACUGCACUUUAAGCCUGGGGAGGCCAUGGAGUGAAAGCGCUGUUCUUGCACUAACACAACUGCCUGCCCUGACUGAGGCAAUGUUUCAAUGGCUUUUCCUGUCUGGAGGGAGAAUAAGGAACCUGAAGGAUGGCAUCCAUCCUUUGAAACUAUAGAUAAAUCUAGCACUAUGUGGUUUAGGCCACUGUUCUCUUCCUACAGAUGUUUUGAUAGUAACUCAUCUCAAAAGAUGGAAGGUGUCUUGGCCAAGAACCAGUUUGUGUGGAGUUUCAUGGCUUCACUAUGUCCAAUGUGGAAAACUUUCCUGAGUUAAUGUGCUGUUAGGACUGUCUCAGAUGAUUAUUACAGUACAGAAAAAUGAUAUUCUUAGUAGGGGUAAGGGACCUUUAUACUCAACCAAGAGUUGCCUUCAUAUUUCUGUAUUUUUGUCUCUCAUCCUUCUCUAGGAAGAGGUUAUUUCUAAGCAAAAUGUCAGGGUUCUACUAAAUAACUUGUGCUAUCUGAAAUUUCAUUGAUUAGUGUCCAGAUCCUUCCUGCACUACAUAGCAAAGUUUUAUUUCUGCCAUUAGAAAAGAAAUAAGAAAAUACUCAAUAUUAAGAGAAUUUCCUACUAGUUACACUUGAGUGAAAAUUUACUAUGUGGUGUUCUGCUAUGAAACGAAAAUAUACUUUUAAAUGUGUGCACAGAGCUCUGCAUGUAGAUAAAAAGUGUUUUACCACAGUAUGAUGUUGGGAUGCUUAUGCAAAUGCUUAUUUACUUUCUGACAUUGCAGUGCAAAAUGCAGUAGAGAUGGUGGUGUUUCUUCUCCAUGUGGUUUUUAGCCAGUGCAAUCUCAGCUACUGUGUCUGCAUCAUCCUGACCAGGGGACAGUUCUAGCUGUAGACAUUUUUUAGCCUUUUGCUUUUUCAGUGUUGGGUUUGGUUUUGCUGUUGUUUGAGGUGUGGUGGUUUGUUGUUUGUGGUUUAUUUCUCUCUUUUUUUUUUAAGUUAUUAUUAGGACUGUAAUGACAGCACUUUCUUAAACUUUGCCAAAGUUUGCUUCCUUUCUCCUUCUCACCACCUUUGCCCCUUACAGGUAUACACAUUUAAUUUUUGGAAGAAGCAAGCCUGUAUGUACUCUCCUAAUAUAAAAUCUCAUUGUCAGGUUGCCCCUUUUGUUUUUAUGGCCUGGUCAUGCACAUAUUUCUCUCCCUAUAAUUUUUCAGCAUAAGCAUAUGCUGAUAUUUUGUUCCACCUCAGAAACAUUGUCCUGCAAUUAAUUAUGCACAACAAAUUGACAGAAACCAUGUAGAGAUGUAAGAGUCCAUAGUCUCUCAUCAGGGUGUAUGACAGGUGGUAUAACUGACAGAGCAGUAUGUAGUCAAUGUGACAUUUUUCUGCUUUUUUUUCUCUUCAAAACAGCUGCUUCAAUUAAAAGCCAGUAUUUAAUUCGAGUAUGUGGUACCUCUGACAGCUGAGAAUUGCAGCUAGAAUCUGGGGCUUAUAAAAUACAUUAAGGCUAGAACCUAGUGUAACUUUUCAAAAAAUUGAAGAGUACAUUAAAGAGUACAUGAAUAUUUUGAAACCUUUUUCCCCCCCUAAGAGUGCACAGAAUAAAAUGUGUUCUGCCACUUGUUUCUGUUACAACCAGUAACUGGGAGUGGGGGGAGAACCCUUUUUUAGACUGCAGAGCCUCUAAUCCUCAAGGAAGAGCUGCACUUGCUAGAACUUUAAAGUAAACCAAAUGUUGCCUAUAAAAGUACUGAUAUUUAUGAUCAACUGCCAUACUUAAAUUAUCAUAGAUAUCAAUCUCCUGACAGUUGAAAACAAGAAUAAUAAAUUCAGAAGUGCUAGAGUAAUGCUGUCCUUUACCAGCCUGCACUGGUAAGAGCAAAUCCUAUUGUACUUUGAAAUUAAUCCUCUACUGCAUCCCAAAAUCUCAGUUAUCUUAGUAUUUUUGGAAGUAGUGAUACAAGAUUCAGACUAAGAUGGUUAUUUCAUGGUUAAUGAUGAAAUCAAUUAAAAGCUAAAACAUUUUAGAAAAUGACCAGAGGGACUUCCACAAAGAAAAUCUGCCUUGAAAAGGUCUAUUUUAUUUGGGUGAUCUUUAUAUAUGUAUAGUCUGUUUUGCAAAUUCCUUCCUUCUUCAUGGAAGGUCGCUAUAAACCUGACAGCAAAAGUGGUCAAACCCCAAACUUGCAAAAGUAUCAGUGUUUCAUUUUCUGUUUGUAGUCAGUUUUAGCUAUUAUCAAACAUAAUACCUAAAUGUAAUCUAAGCUUUUGUUCUUAAAAGUAGGGAAAUCAAACAUUCAGUGCCUGAUUCAUCACUUGAAGUUGAGUGAAACCAUUUCUUGAAAAUGGGUUUUGCUACCUGAUGGUGACUAAUUUUCAAUGCUGAUACUCAAUACUUCCUGUAAACUGUGAGGUCAUCCCUGCAGAACAAUUUUAGUCUAUGGCCUUGGUCUUUGGCCCUAUUUUUUUUUAUUAUUAUUUUUUUAUUGCAAUGUGGGAGGUGGAGAAGGCUGGCACAAACCAUUUAUUUUUUUGUUCCAGAGAAAGAUGUUUACAACUUUGUAUGUAUUUUAAAAUUGUAUUGUGACACUUUUAACUUGGGAGAGAAGUUUCCACAGUAGACUUGAAACCUGAAGAGAGACUUUGGAAUAUCGGGAGUGCUCCCCAAGCUGCCAGAAGCUGUUGAGGGUGAAGCUGCUCACUCACACCACAGGAGGGAGUUACACAUCAGCCUUUGGAGUCUUUUCAGUUAUGGCAUUGUUGGUACAUCUUGGUACAGUGCAUUUCAGUUUGCCUUGUCUUAUGGAUUGUCACUGCAAAUAGGUUAAUGUAUAAAAUCAAUACACAGCAGUAAUGUAUUGUAACUGUUUACAUUUGAACUCAGAGUACCAAUGGAUGGGUUUUGUCAAGCUAUUUAAAAACAGAAAUAAAAAUCUUUUUUUUUU